AUGGGUACACUUACCCAUAGAAUUGCUAUCCCAUAUCACCCUCAAACGAGUGGCCAAGUUAAAGUAGACAAUAGGGAGUUGAAAAUAGUGUUAGAAAAGACAGUAGAGAAGAAUAGGAAGGAUUGGACUGAUAAAUUAGAUGAUGCCUUGUGGGCUAUCAGGACAGCUUUUAAAACUCCCAUAGGCACUACACAAUAUAGACUUGUGUUUGGUAAAGCUUGUCAUCUCCCUGUUGAAUUAGAACAUAAGGCAUUUUGGGCAAUUAAAUCCCUGAAUAUGGAUCUUGAUCAUGCAGGUAACAAGCGGUUGAUGCAAUUGAAUGAAUUGGAAGAAUGA